UCCACGCGUAAGAAAGGCUACGAUCCUGUACUCGUCCGGUUCUAUGAUGAAAGAGGAAUGACCGAGGUGAAGAAGGAUUGUCCGUUGAUAGAAGAAGCAGCUAAGCAGAGCGGGAAAACUGUAGACCAAGUGAAGACCUUCAUCGGCAACUCUCGUAGGUUUAAGAGCGGCAGUAAGCGGAGCCUCCCCACAGACGACAUGGGGGCUGAGAACGUCACGGGACAUCGUGAAGACUUAGGGAUUUCGACAAAAAAGGAGGCCAUGUCUGUUCUGAUGGUCAACGAUACGUACGGCACGUCCCAUGGAGGUACUUCUACCACGAAUCGUCAGGUGACGCAGUUUCUGAAACUCCAUGGUGCUACAGUUCAUGCUGCGGCUGUGCAAGCAUCUGAAGAAGACAAGAGGUGUGCCACAGAGGAUGGUGUCUUUCUGCAUCUACCUGUCAAAAAUCCCAGGGACAAGAGGAUGCCAUGUUUGGAAUGGUUAACAUUUGAGCACAACAAUCAUUACCCAGACAUACCACAGGAUCUGAAGUGCAUUGUGGGCCAUGUAGAUGUCACAAGUGGAGCUGCAAAGAGCAUACAAGAGAGCCGCUGUCAAAACGCAAAAUUGGUCCUUUUCAACCACGACAUGCCAGAAGACACGGCGUACUACAAGGGAACUAAGAAGGCGAUGGCCGCGGGGACGAGGAUGGAAGACAUCCUUGAGGAUGCCAAAAAUGCAGAUGCCGUCUUCUCCUUGGGAAGAAGAAUCUACAAUUACUUCGAGACGAAGUAUAUGGCACUUGAAGAUAGCAAACCAAGACAUCACUUCUUGUUUCUUCCAAGACCAUCCCCAGUGUUUGAAGCCAUCUCUGUUAGACCAGGAGGAGGAGAGAAAGUCGUGCUGUCUGUCGGGAGAGUGACCGAAGUGGACAAGCUGAAGGGCCAUGACCUGGUAGCACGGGCGUUGGGGGAGGUUACAGAGAAGAUCACAAACGUCAGAUUGUGUGUUCGUGGGAUAGAUGAAGAUGACUGGGAUGCGAGCAAGAGAAUCUUGGAGGAGAACCUGCACAGUGGUAAGAUCAAACCUACCCUACUGCCGUGUGGAAACCAGGAGGACAUCGCUAAGGACAUGCAGCAGGCCCACCUGGUCCUGAUGCCGUCCCGUGCCGAGCCGUUCGGACUGACCGGUCUGGAGGCCAUCGCAGCAGGCAUCCCUGUACUCAUCUCUGACAAGUCAGGGCUGGCAGACAUGAUCAAGGACUUGAUCAAGGAGAAGAAAUUCCCUGCAGAAAUGAGGCACAGGAUCGUGAAAACCAGCGUGAGGGAGUGCGACCUGGGUGAAGAUGCAAGAGAGUGGGCAAAGAGGAUUGCAGACACCUUGGAAUACUCUGAGUCAGAAUUCGACAAAGCAGCAGAGUACAAGAAGAGGCUGUUGGAGUCCAAGUACUGGGAAGAAUCGCACCAAAACCUGCUGCGGGUCUGUGGCUUGACUGACUGACUCUAGACGCGUCCACUCUCCCACGUGUCAGAUUCGCUAAUUGUUGAAUUUGAUCAACAGACUUUUAAUGCAAUCAGUGCGGUUCAAAAGCAAAGUAGUGACUGACAGUGGCCUCAUCUAUUAGUUGCCAUGUACCAUUUCAAAGAUGUACUCAUUUACAAUGACAAUGUCUGUCUAUUGUCUCUAUACAGGCCUGAUCAUGUACGCUGCAAUUAUUUAGGACGACGUGGCCAGUUGGUUGUGGAUUACGCUUGUACAUGGAGUGUGAUAUCAAUAGGAACUUGAAAUGACCAAAAAAGGCGUAAUUUUCAAUUUCGUGUAAAUUUAAUUCUGUAUAUAAACCUGUAUUUGAUGGAAAGUCAUUCAAUGUACAUAUAAGCAUGUCAAGUAAUUAUGAAUGAAGAUAUUUACAGUACUUUGAAAGAAAAUUUUAAAGAUGAGAAAGAAUCUAAUGUACACGUUUUUAAUUACUAUAAGUACUGAUUUGUAUCCUAGAUAUUGUGAUUGAUUAAGUUUAGCAUGUGUUAGAUGUUGAUGUAAUAUUUACAAUACUUUGAAGGAAAUUUAGAAGAUGGGAAAGAAUCUAUUGUACACGUUUUAAGUGUGGGAACAUCAGUAAGUUUAUACUCUGUUAUAACUUGAAUAUUGUUUAUUACUUACAAGUACUGUUUUGUAUCCUUAAUAUUGUGAUUAAGUUAUUAGCAUUUGUUAGAUGUAGAUGUAAUAGAGUAUGCAUGUGUUCUUCUGUUUGCCUGCUGGUAUUUUGAAAAUUAAAGGGGUACCCUUAGCUUUACCUGUUGGUGUAAAAUUUGUUUCAGUCAUGGAAGUCCUUUCUAAUAUAAUUUGCAAAUGAGUAGUUUGUAAAUGAGUUAUAACUUCAGAAGAACUUUGUUGUAAAUUCAGCCAUAGAU